CUCUUAAACCCCCAACAACCUCAAUACCUCGAUUCACCAUCGUUCAUGGCCGCCGCCACCGCCGCGAGGUCCGUAUUCCGGUCAUCCUCCAUCCGCAGCAUGGCGAAGAGGCUCUCCGCGGAGACCAGCGCUUCCCGUCCUCCCCUUCGAAUCCCCAAGCCGCAGAGGCCUGCUCCUCCUCCUCCUUCUCUUCCUCGUAUACUCAGGUCUCCCGUGGAAAUGAGCUUCUGUGUGGAGUCGCUUCUGCCGAUGCAUAGCGUGACUGCGGCCGCGUUGAUGAAUUCGAUGCUCUCUAUUCCUGGCAAUGGCUAUGGUUGGCUUUUGGAAGGGAAAGAUGAAACUAGAUGAAGUUCAAGCCAAAGUGAGCUGGCAAUGAUGACGUGUGACAAAGACUGGCUGAAACCUAGCGAAAAUUCUAGAUCUGAUUUUCAAGCAACACAUGCUCCAGAGUCAUGUUUUUGCAUGGACUGUUUUGGGAAAGGACAUGUUCUGUUUUUUAUAAUAGUUUGAUGGAUGAUCUCUUUCUUAGGGAAAUAUCUUAAAUAACCAUGCAAACAGGAGCAAAUCUGUUUAUGUUUGAUAUGGUUGUUAGGAAUUUAUCUCUAUUUUGUUUUUUUUUUCUGUCUUUCACAGGUUUAAAAGAACAAAUAUUUUAUGGUUAUAAAUGCAAGGAUUUUUUGUAGCCAGCUACCAAGAUAUUAUUAUUUGGCUCUCAUUACAGC